CGCCCCGCACAUCUGGAAGCGCAGGCAGCCUCCCCCACGCGCAGAGCCCAGCGGACGCAGUCCACGCAGGCGGGACGGGCCUCGGACUCGCCGGCCGGGACCUCCAUGGGGCCGUAGGAGCAGCCAGGCAGCAGCGACGCCCGUCCCCUGCCCGCCGCCGAGAGCCGGCCGCCGCUGCUGCAUCAGGUGCCUGACGGCUCGUACCCUCGAGGACAUACAUGGCGCUGCUGCGAAAAAUCAACCAGGUGUUGCUGUUCCUUCUGAUCGUCACCAUCUGUGGGAUUCUGUACAAGAAGAGUCACAGGGGGAGUGUGCCCAAGAGCGAUGCAGAUGAGGACUCGGAGGUCCCUGAGGACAUGGAGGAUGAGAUCCCCGUGGUGAUCUGUGCUGCAGCUGGGAGGAUGGGCGCCACCAUGGCCGCCAUCAAUAGCAUCUACAGCAACACAGACGCCAACAUCGUGUUCUACGUGGUCGGGCUCCGGAACACUCUGUCUCGAAUUCGGAAAUGGAUCGAACAUUCCAAACUGAGAGAAAUUAACUUUAAAAUCGUGGAAUUCAACCCUACAGUCCUUGAGGGAAAGAUCAGACCAGACUCGUCGAGGCCAGACUUGCUCCAGCCCCUGAACUUCGUUCGAUUUUACCUCCCUCUGCUGAUCCACCAGCAUGAGAAAGUCAUCUACUUGGACGAUGAUGUCAUUGUGCAAGGUGACAUCCAGGAGCUCUACGACACCACCCUGGCUCUGGGCCACGCAGCAGCUUUCUCAGGGGACUGCGAUUUGCCUGCAGCUCAGGAUGUCAGCAGGCUGGUGGGGCUGCAGAACACAUACAUGGGCUACCUGGACUACCGGAAGAAGGCGAUCAAGGACCUGGGCAUCAGCCCCAGCACCUGUUCCUUCAACCCCGGAGUGAUGGUGGCCAACAUGACGGAGUGGAGGCAGCAGCACAUCACCAAGCAGCUGGAGAAAUGGAUGCUGAGGAAUGUGCGGGAAAACCUGUACAGCAGUUCGCUGGGGGGUGGCGUGGCCACGUCGCCCAUGCUCAUCGUGUUCCACGGGAGGCAUUCCACCAUCAAUCCUCUGUGGCACAUCCGGCACCUGGGCUGGAGCCCUGACGCCAGGUAUGCGGAGCACUUCCUGCAGGAAGCGAAGCUGCUGCACUGGGACGGACAGCACAAGCCCUGGCACUUCCGCACCGUGCACGCCGACUUGUGGGAAAGCUGGUUCGUUCCGGACCCCGCAGGGAUAUUCAAGCUCAGGCACAGCCGCUGACGGAAGCCGCGCUGAACGUUGGGUACGCAGCAGGCACCUGCGCUUGUGGCUGGUCCCAGGCCGUUUCCUUUGAGCACUGCCUGUGACCCGCGCGAGCCUUCAGGACAUGUCGCAGACA